GUUUAACCCAGAGCUGAGCCACUUCCAGUCCAAGUGGUGGCAACUGGCAGCACUAGCACGACUCCAGGAGCUUGCAGGGAUCUUGAUGGACGGUCGCAUCCCCAGGCCAGCCAGAACAACAAAACAAAUGGAUCGCCCAGGCGGUAAGUUUACUUCGUACGAGACGGCAUGAUCGCACAAAUGUGGUAGGGCAUUGCCAACACUGUCAAUGAGUGGCCGAUUCCGCAACAGCGUGGGAAGCACCGCGCUCCCACGUCCAAAUACGUCUCUUAGGCAAUCGAGGGUUUCCUCAUUCAACCCAACGCAAUCUCAAUCCCGCUACGAUAUUCUUACCGGCGAGGAAAUCGCGCCCGACACCCUCCAUGGAAGACCUUCGUCAAGAGCCGGUAACGGCAUGCGCGCGUCGUCGCGUGAGAGCUCUAAGGAAAACAUGGCACCGCCAGACGCCGAGGAGUACGAGACGCAGCGCAAGAAGAUCGAAGAGCUGAAGGCGGAACUGGCCACCAUGCGCUACAAGAUCAACAAUUACGAGCAAGAGAAGGAGAUGGCGUCCCUGCAGUAUGAAAACGAGGUGCGCGAAGCCAGGCGUAAGGCCGAUGAGGAUUUCAAGCAACGACAGGCCGCCGAAAGUGACAAGUCUAGGGCUCAGAGGCAAUACGAGUCGGUCCUGGAGGAGAUGGCCAAAUUGAAGGAGGACGCAGCCAAUGACGCCCAGGCCCUGGAGAAGAAAGUACGGGAGUCAAGCGAUGAAGCAAGGUUGAUAAGGGAACAGCUUGAGGAUUUGUCGGCUGCCAAGCAAGAGGGAGAGCGAAUGCGUGAGAAGGAGAAAAGCGACUUGCAAAUGCAAAUCUCGAGCUUACAGCAGACGGUGGGAGAAUUGACCAAAGAUGGCCAAGCCCAAGAAGCAUUGCUACAGCAAGCCCAGGACCAGCUCGCUGCCAAGUCUGAAACGAUUGGCCAUCUUGAAGCAGAAAAUCUGCGUCUAAAGGCGCAGACAGGGGACGCAGACACGAUCGCUGUCAUUCGCCGCGAACUCACGGAGCAAGUUCAACACAUUCGGUCCCUGGAAGCUAGGAACACCAAACAACACGCCGAACUUACGCAUCUGCGUCAAAUCCACAAGGCGGUGGAAAUCGUUGAGGAGGAGAAGCGGUCUCUACAUAGGAAGCUGGCUGCGGCCGAGUCCCUCGAAGCCGAGCUCGUGGAGGCAAGAAUUCAAAGGCAACGGUUAGAGGACGAGCGGCUUGCAUGGACCGCAUACCUCCAGAGUGCUAGUGACAAUGACGGGUUGAUGGAGUUCGACUCACCCGAGGCUGUUGCUAGGGCACUGGUGCAAGAGCGCUACAACUCUGCGGCUCUCAUGGAGAAGCUGGGUGAAGUGCAACCCCAAAUUGCCGAGCGCGACGAGAUAAUCAAGUCCCUGGAGAACGAGAAGCGCAAUCUCGAUGCCCAGGUUGAGAGUCUCAAGACGGCAACACCCGCCCUGCCUGCCGACAAGGCCAGGGCUAGAAUCGAGCGCCAGCGAAUCCUUGCCGUGAAAGAGGCCGAGUACCUACGGGCCCAGCUCAGGGCUCUCGACGCCGAGGAUGAGACGUUUGAGCCCGAGAAAGUUGACCACGAGAAGGUGGAUCGCAUUUCACAGCUCGAGCAACUAGUGGAUCAAUACAAGGCUGAGGUUGAAGCGCUGCAUAAGGAGCUCUCCCCGGCUGAUUCAUCACAAGCCAAUGGUGUUCCCCAACCUGCAGUUGGUAGCAAACGGGCCCGUGAGGAGGAGCUGGAGUCGGAGCAGAUUGGCGAAUUGAACCGCAGGCGCCGCAAGCUCGCCGAUGAGCUCUCCAAAGAGAAGACCGCAACCCAGGUGCUGCGGAAGGAACUCUCGGUCAUUAAGUCUCGUCUGGAAGCCGCCGAAACCCAUAAUAAAACCCGCGUCCUGUCCCUUCGCUCGAACCCAACUUCGGACUUUGAGGCGAUCAAGGUCGCCACCCUCAAUGCCCUCAAGGCAGAAAACGCGCAGCUCCUUUCUCAACUUCAGAAAGCUAACCGCAACCCCAAAUUCCCCGUCAUUCCCGCCAGCCAGCUCGAUGCCGCUAGACGCGAAAUCGAAGAGGCGCGCAAGGAAACCGCCUCAGCGCAGAAGACCUCACGCCGUCUCAAGGAGGUCUGGGCAUCCAAGUCGCAAGAGUUUAAGGAGGCCAUCUUCAGCACGCUGGGAUGGACGGUGACAUUUAUCCCCAACGGCAAGAUGCGGGUUGAGAGCUUGUUCUAUCCGAGCAAAACGGAAGAGCACGAGAAUAGCAUCGUGUUUGAUGGCGAGAGGGGCACGAUGAAGGUCAGUGGUGGUCCACAGAGUGCGUUUGCCCUGCGCAUCGCGGAUCAGAUCCAGUUCUGGGUCAGAGAUAAGGGGUGCAUCCCUGGUUUCUUGGCGGCGCUUACGCUGGAGUUCUUUGAUGAGAGCAACGGGAAUCCGAGGUCUUAGAUGGGAGUUUCGGUGGCGGUUUGAUCUAUAAUCUGUGCUAAUGAUAUCUUGGCUGGCGUACUUGAGUGAUGAUAUGGUCAGUAUGCCCAGGGGUGGAUGGCUUCAUACUAGAGAAUGGACUUGUGCACGUACAUCGUGCCCUCUGAUUGACAGACU